CCUCUUCCUUGUUGCAACUCUCUCAGAACUUCAAUACCGAUUUCGCCAUGUCUGAUAUGGAGGAAGAUGAAGAUUAUGGAUUUGAAUACGAAACCGACGACGAUGAGGAGCAGGACGUUGAUAUAGAGAAUCAGUACUACAACUCGAAAGGCUUAUUAGAAACCGACAAUGACGCGGCUCUGGCGGGUUUCGAGGAGGUACUUCAAAUGGAAUCCGAGAAAGGCGAAUGGGGCUUCAAGGCCUUAAAGCAGAUUGUCAAGCUUAAAUUUCGACUCGGUCAGUUUAAAGAAAUGAUAACACGCUACAAGGAAAUGCUCACCUACAUCCGUUCUGCUGUCACGAGAAACUACUCGGAAAAAUGCAUCAACUCCAUCUUAGACUUCGUUUCUUCAUCGAACCAGAUGAAUCUUCUCCAAGAGUUUUACGAAACAACUCUGGGUGCGCUUCAAGAAGCCAGGAACGAAAGGCUUUGGUUCAAAACCAACCUCAAGCUUGGAAAGCUUUGGUUUGACGUUGGAGAGUUCCCACUGCUGGCACGGAUAUUGAAGGAGCUCCACAAAUCGUGUCAGCAGGCCGAUGGAAGCGAUGACCACAAAAAGGGCACACAACUGCUUGAGGUAUACGCGCUCGAAAUCCAAAUGUACACAGCUACGAAGAACACCAAGCAACUGAAGCAACUCUACGAAAAGGCGCUCCAAGUCAAAAGUGCUAUACCACAUCCCAGAAUCAUGGGCGUCAUCAGAGAAUGCGGUGGUAAGAUGCAUAUGGGUGCUCAAAAUUUUAAUGGUGCUCACUCCGAUUUCUUCGAAGCCUUCAAGAACUAUGACGAAGCCGGGAAUGCUCGAAGGAUUCAAUGCCUUAAGUAUCUCGUGCUCGCAAACAUGCUUGCCAUGAGCGAUAUCGAUCCGUUUGACUCGCCUGAAGCAAAGCCAUACAUGAACAACAGAGAGAUCUUAUCAAUGACAAACCUGCGACAGGCAUACACAAACAAGGAUGUGAAAGAAUUUGAGAAGAUCUUGAAGGAGAACACCGAUUCCAUAAUGGGCGACACAUUUAUCCGCGAGCACAUCGAAGAGCUUCUGAGCCGGUUCAGAUCUCAAGUGCUCCUAAAAUUAAUCCAACCCUACACUAGAAUUGGGAUUCCCUACGCAGCGAAAGAACUCAACAUAGAAAUACAAGAACUCGAAGCCUUGCUAGGGUCUCUUAUAAUCGACGGGAGAAUCGAUGGCAAGAUCGACCAGGUCAAAAACAUCCUCAUUCUGGACAGCGACCAAGCGGGAUGCGGACUACCAAAGUACCAAGCUGUGAAGAACUGGAGCGACGAGUUGUAUACACUACGGAUAGGUAUUGGUAGUAAGCUCAUCUGA